GCACCGGGGCACCGGGCUGGGCUGCUGCCGGGGCCCCGCGGGACAGCGGGAACACCAGCGUGGCGUUGGCGCUACUAAAGCUCCCCACCUACAGCCAGCGGUUGAAGGAAACUGCCGGGCCGGAGCGCGCACAGGAGAAGCAACAUCAGGAGAGCUCCGACCCCCCGUGACCCUCCCGGGGGCGGCCCCUCGGCGGGCACAAAGCCGAGCUCGGCCGCUCUCCGGGGAGCAGAGUGCCGCUGUCCCGGUGCUGCUGCUCAUCCCUUCCUUCCGCCGGGUGCCGCCUUCGCAGCGCCCGCCCUCCAUCGCUCCCUGCCCGCUGCCGGCGGGCGCGGGCCCGGGGCAGCCGCGCCAUGGAGGAGGUGGCCGCUGCUGCCGGGGCACCGCAGCCCGCGGCUGCCGCAGCUGCUGCAGAUGCUGCCGAUGCUGCCGAGCCAUCGCCCGGGGCCGCCGCCUCCUCUCCGCGCCGGCUGCUGGCGCUGCUCGGGGCCAGGCUCUGCACCUGGCAUAUUUGGAAAACUGUAAUUCUGGGCCAGAUGCUCUCCUUGUUUAUCUGUGGGACUGCUGUUACAAGCCAGUACCUGGCAGACAGAUUCCAUGUGAAUACUCCAAUGCUGCAAAGUUUCAUCAACUACUGUUUGCUGCUUCUGGUUUAUACAACAAUGCUGGUAUUUAAGACUGGCAGUGACAGUCUCUGUCAGAUUUUGAAACAGAGGUGGUGGAAGUAUAUUAUUGUGGGACUGGCUGAUGUUGAAGCCAAUUACACGAUUGUAAAAGCCUACCAAUAUACAAACCUCACAAGUGUGCAGCUCCUGGACUGCUUUGGGAUUCCCGUGCUGAUGACUUUGUCCUGGUUCCUUCUCCGAGCAAGAUACAAGCUGAUACAUUUUGUUGCUGUUGCCAUCUGUUUGCUGGGUGUGGGAACAAUGGUGGGUGCAGACAUUUUGGCAGGGAGGGAGGAAGGUGAAGGUAGUGACGUGGUGAUUGGAGAUGUCUUAGUGCUUCUUGCUGCUUCUUUGUAUGCCAUUUCUAAUGUGGGUGAGGAAUACAUUGUGAAAAAUCUGAGCAGAGUGGAGUUUCUAGGAAUGGUGGGCUUGUUUGGGACUAUUAUCAGCGGUCUACAGCUAGCCAUUGUGGAACAUAAGGAGGUAAUGAAAAUUCAGUGGAACUGGAAAAUUGCACUACUGUUCACAGCCUUUGCCCUGUGCAUGUUUGGGCUGUACAGCUUCAUGCCAGUUGUGAUUAAAAUUACCAGUGCAACCUCUGUCAACCUGGCGAUUCUGACUUCAGAUCUCUACAGUCUCUUCCUUGGACUUUACCUGUUUUUUUACAAGUUUUCAGGUCUUUACAUCGUGUCCUUUGUUAUCAUCAUGGUGGGCUUCACGUUGUACUGCGCCGCUCCCGCUCCCACGGCAGAGCCCACGGCCGUGCUGCAGCCCGGCCGCGCCGGCCUGGACAAUGCGGGUCUGAAGCUGGAGGAGAAUGACGGCGAAAGCCCAGCCGUGGCUGUGCAGUUCCCCAGAGAAGAAACUGUGGUGUUCAGCACCAAUUAAAGGAAUGGCAGCACUUCAAAACAGAGAUUUUUUUUUAAUUGCCAAAUUUCCCUCAAAUAUUAAUCCGGAGAACUGUCCUACUGCCAAGGCACAUGUCAUACUGUGCUGGGUUUAAUGCACUUGAUAGACUUUUAAGGCCAGAUCCUCAAUCAGUGAAACUGUAUUGAUUUGCCCUUGCAGAAAAUCUGGCCUUUAGAUGAAGACAGAUUAGUAUUUAUGUGGAGUCUCUGGAAAGUGAGAGACUGUUAUUUUUAAAUGCUUAAUUAACUUAACAACAAAUGCUUGGGGAAAAAAACUAAGCCAAAGCAAGCUCCCAGGUCACUUAAUGGGGAGCAAAUAUGUUUUAUAUUGCAUUAGGGACCUAAAUCUGCAUGAUGCUGUCUGACGGCUUCAUGAUUUCCACCCCUUGGUGCAGGGUGCCCUCAGACAGCAUCUUGCAAAAGCUGCUCAGCUUCUCCCAGGACCUGGUUCAGCAAGCCACAGUACAUUUACACACCUUCUACAUGCCAGUGGACUUCAUUCCUCUGUGGAAGGAUUUGCUGCCUACAUUCCACCCAAAUGUUCGUCUCUUCAUAUUGCUGCAGUCCCUAUCGCCGCUGGGGCUGCAAUGUGUAUUUUAUUUUGAAUUUUGCUAGUAUGGGAAGUUUGAAUAUGUGUUUUUAUAAUUCUUCCUGUUUCUCUCUGUGGCCUUUUGUUUGGUGCAUUCCUGUUAGCUGUGGGGGAGGCAAAGGCAGGCUCUUCCUCUCUUCAGUGGAACUGGAAGUGGAUUUUUUCUGGACGAGGUUUUAACGGAAGUUCACUUCUCAGUGAAUUUCUCCCUGAAACGGGACACACUUCUGCUGAAAGAGCUGUAAUAAAAUGGGCAUUUCUUCAAAAAAUGGAAUCAACUAAACCAACUCUCAUGGCAUCAAUAAUGACAUAAUAUCCAAAAGGUUAGGUGCUUCCAGUAGAUACACUAGCAAUUGUCAUACCCUUCUUUAUAUUUACAAUAAAUGAUGAAAAAAUACAAGGCUGCAGUUUUAAGAUUGGUAAAACCAUACUGGGGUUUUAUUUUAUUUUAUAUUUUGUACAAGCCUUAAGAGCUCAGGUGUAUGAAGUAGAAAAAGAAUAAAGUAUUCAGCA